AAAUUCAAUAUCCGGUCCAUCAAUAAAUUUUAUGGAAAGCAAGCAUCGCAGACAAUUCAAUUUUCUGUAUAUCAUCAUAAGUUUUGGUUGAUUCAACGUGCAUUUCUGAAAAUAUAGAAGACAUUAAGUUGCUUCCUUUAUAAAACAAACGAAGAUAUUUUUAUUUAUUUCAUUUUAGCUCUUGCACAACAUGGACAAGAUGGUUUCCAACAUCCAAAUAAAUUUUUCGACAGAAAAUAUCUUUGGCCAACAGACUUUUACUCAAUAAACAUCGGAAUCUCUUAACGUCGACUCCUAAGUUUAGCUGUUUAUAUUUUAAUUCGACCAAUACUUAUGAAUUGCCAUGAACUAAAUUUAUUUUUGUUUUGAAACACGUAAAAACACACACAUGUUUUGAGCACACACAACUUGAUGCUCAAGCGUCGUUACAGCCAAAUAACUUCAUGUUAAAAUAACUGUGGAUGGACAAAAUAAGACAUAAAAUAUUUCUAUGUAAUACUUACUGACACCACAAUCGCUUUCGGAAAGUCAUAGUCACUGAUAUCUUCGGACUGACCAGAAUGCGGGUUGCCCCAGCGUUGAAUUUCAGGCGUAGGCCUAGAGGAUUGAUUUAUCCACUAAUUUUGUUGUGUUUCUCACUGUACGCCAUCUUCAGUCUCGUCAGCUGGGACUACCGCACAUCUUCCUCAUCAAGCUUUCGUUCCAAAGACGUGGCGAACUACAAGAACAGAGAUCUUCAACAGCGACAGUUCAGACAUCAGCAGCAACUGCAAUCAAAUCCGCAGUUGAAACAACAGCAGGAGCAAAAGCAAGAUCUUCAGGUACAGCAAAACAAUAAGCAACCGCAAGACAAACAAUAUCUACUGGACCAACAGAAAAAUUCAUUGGAGCAACACGCUCUGUCAGGCGUGAAGCAAGGGUUGACCAAGGCAAAUGUAGUAAAAAAAACAAUUGAGCAAGACUCCAACGUUAAUGGGCCGCUGGAGAAAGGCGAUCUCCUUGGUCCCAAAUACAAGAAUUUCAAGAAAAUCCUUUACUGGAAUGAUGCGUACGGAGCCGAAGAUUUUUGGUUCGGCCUCGGCCAGGAGCCGUUCAUUGAGGCGGGCUGCCGCGUCACCGAGUGCUACGCUACCCACGACCGGCAGCUGCUGCCAGCUGAGCGAGCCGACGCCAUCUUGUGGCAUCUCAGGGCAAACGACAAGUCCCUUCCCGAAGUUAGGUCUCCCCACACAUUCUACGUCUUCUGGAUGAUCGAGAGCGCCCUGUACACUUACGCGGACCUCAACACCUACAACGGCGUCUUCAACUGGACCAUGACUUUUCGUCUCGACUCUGACUUCCCACGACCGUACGGGAGAAUUUUGUUCUCACCCAACGUCUCAGCCAAGACUGCUGCUCCCAAAAAUUACGCUCAUGGAAAGACAAAACUUGCAGCCUGGUUUGUCAGUAACUGCCGCACCGUCAGCGAUAGAGAGCAUCUGGUGAAGGCUCUACAGACACACAUGGAAGUGGACGUCUAUGGCGCCUGCGGGACGUUAAUUUGUAUGAGGAAAGACGAUAAAAGUUGCCGGGAGAUGCUGGAGAGAGACUACAAAUUCUACUUAGCCUUCGAGAACAGCCUUUGUGUGGACUACAUCACCGAGAAAUUUUUCAACACUAUUAAGUACAACGUGGUGCCUGUCGUCUAUGGCCUCGGCUACGAAAGAACUCAAAUUCCCAAGGGCGCCUACAUCGACGUCAUGGACUUUGCCUCCGUACAAGACCUGGCGAGCUAUCUACUCUACCUGGACUCGAACGACACGGCUUACAAUGAGUACUUCAGGUGGAAAGAGAAUGGCUACAGAGUAUUUGAUCAGGAAAAUGCGGUGAACAAACAAGCUUUCUGCGACCUCUGCGAAAGACUUCACGAAGCAGAAGACGUGACUGCGGGUGACGUUAAUUCAAACGACGCUUUGCAUGUUAACAAAAGCGGGCAACAGUUUCAUCAUUCAGUAAUAAAACAAAAUCAUCGAAAAGUUUAUAAGGAUAUCGACAAGUGGUUUGUCAGUGGGAAGUGUAUUUCCCAUUACAGCCAUAGGAAACUUGCAAAUUUCAUUCACGGGAGAAAGGUGAGCUUUGAAGAGAUAAAAAGUGAACUGGAGAAGCUUCCAUUCCUUCUCAGACCCAAGAGCUCAACUGACGACCUUACUACGUAAAUUUAAUUAAACAUUUUCGACACAACGAUCGAAACACGAACUCGAUGAGCGUCGCUCAAUUUCGAGCAGGGAUUCUCAACCUGCGAUGCGUCUACCACUAGUGGUACGUGAUGGUUUCCAGGACGUGGUAACUAUAGGGUAACUAUCCAGAGAGCGGGUAGAUUCCGCACCAUCGUUCCCGUGCCAGCGUGAUUUAAGUUGAAGCAACUUUGCACCGGGGUGCAAAGAUAAAAUUAACGCGCGUCAGAAACUGCAGAGGUAUGUUUACGAAAAUAAACUAUUGUAUUGUUGAUUUGACUUGGGAAUAGUGUCGCAUGAUUAUUUCAUUAUUUUAGUGCCCAAGGCGUAAUGAAGAUUUUUUCAUUUUUUAAUGAAACUUCCGGUUUUCAAAGCCGUCACCUACUCUUCUGCUCCGUUGCUCAGUUUUUUCUGUGCUUAGAUUAAAUAUUUAUUAGAUUAACUUAAUUAUUUUUCUUAGAAUUGCGUUAAUUGACAAUCUCAUUGUUUAUUUUUCUUGUUCAAAAUUCUUGAAUAGAAAUGUUUGAAAA